AUGUCACAAAGAAAUAGAAACGAUUCAUUUCGGCCUCAAGCCGAUAGUUCAUGGUUCGCGCCAGUUCUCGAUUGGGGAAACUCCCUCAUGAGCUUCGGGGACAAGAAAUCACAAGUUGUGAGGCGCACCGUUAUCCUGUCCCUUGCCCUUGCCCUUGCCCUUGCCCUUGCCCUUGCCCUUGCCCUUGGUCCAGUGCAUGAUGAGAACCAAGGUCUAGGAUCCUUCUUCGAGACGCUCAACGCUCGUCAGAGCACUGAGACCGUGAACUUCACGGAUUGGAAGGCCACAUCACACGAAGACCUUCUUGCAAGCUUCAAGAAAGAGGACAAGGGCAAGUCAGUUACAAGCAAAUCACACGACGUUGGGAUGAUCUUGGAGGCCGACGAGGAUGCGAAGUCGCCCAUGGUUGUUUCACUGCUGGCAGGAGGACCUGCUGAGAGCUGUGGUCAGAUCAAGAGAGGAGACUACCUGACUGUGAUCGACGGGAUCGUGACCUCAGAUCUGCCUCUCAGCUACGUCGAGGAGCUGCUGGCAGGGCCGCAGAACACGGAGGUGAUGCUGGACCUGACGAGGUUCGAGGACGGAGAGGAAGAGCCUCGGUCAUUCUCGGUGACGCUGGUGAGGGAGAGCGCCAAGAGUGGGGGGGAGGCGGCGGGGAGCGAGGGAGGCGUUGGGAUUGUCUUCGAGACCAACGUCAUCGACGGGAGCUGCACCAUCAAGAGGUGUGUGUACAACGGCCCAGCCCAUCGAUCGGGGGUCCUCAAGAACGGAGACGUCCUGUACAACAUCGACGAUGUCUGUGUUCAUAGGAGGGGAUUGCACGUCAUCGCAAAGCUCCUGUUCGGCCCCGUGGGGUCUCACGUCAACCUCUGUUUCCUGCGAGGCAAGAGGAAGUACAUCUGCGUCAACCUCAUGCGCGAAAGGAUCAGCCAUCACACGGACGUUGUGGGGCUGCUGCGCCACUCGCAACAUUCGACGAGCAGCGUGAAGAUCUCUUAA